AUGUCUAAACGAUCUCUGGAAGAAUCCACAACACCCAAUAAGCGCACAAAUUGCACUUCUCCAUGGUCCAGUACAGUAGUGGAUUGUAUUGCCCAGUUUCUUACUGUUCCAGAUAUUUUGAGUGCCAUUUUGGUCAACCAAGAUUUUGCAUAUGUGUUAAAUGAUGAUUCACAAUGGAAGAAACAAUUUCAACAAGUUUAUUACGAUAGGCUGAUUAAUGAACAAGAUCCUGUGGUUGGUGGUCAAGUAUUCGAAAGUGUGAAAAGUAAAUUUUCAUCCAUUCACAAGGCACACUUUGCCCUAAAGAAAAGUUUCUCCAAGUUGACCAUUCUUUCACAUGAAAAUAUCUACAAAAAGUAUUCUAAACUAUUCGUUGGUGAAGUAGACGAAUGUUCCUAUAAAGAUGGCGAUGAAAACUUUGAACCAACUUUGGAAAUGAAACAAUUGGCAAGUAGUUGGUUUGAUGGUGGUUCAGAUGAUUCAACUGAAUGUGAAAAUAAGUAUGCUUACUUUUUUAAGGAAGAAUGUGCAGGAUAUGGAAGUUUACUCUUGACAAGAGUUAAGAAUGAGUUGACAAAUCAAGUUUACAAAAUUGUUGAAGUUCCCUGUAGUAAUUCAUAUGGAAGUGUUCAUUUAGAAAAUGAUGAAAAGGCAUUAGCCUAUAGUUCAGAAGGAUGCUUCUUCGUUUCUGAACAUUUACCAAAUAAUAAUGGAGUUUUUGUUGAUUUGGAUUUAAUAAUGUGGAUUCAAAGACUUUCGAACAGUAUUUGUGGAUAUCCAGAACAUUCAUUGACCUAUUUGAAUAAGUACAUUAAAAUUCAUGUAUAUCUUGGUGAGAGAGAUGAGAAUAAUUUAUUGGAAAGCAAAUAUCCAAUCAAAGAUUAUGAAGAUGAAGACAAUGAAAACCAAGACGAAGAGGAUGAUGAAUAA